UGAGUUAAUCCAUUAGUAAUAAAGAAGAAUUAUAACUGGGAGAAAAAUGUCAAAUCUAAAGAUGAAAGAAGCAGCCCUUAUCUAUCUUGACAGAAGUCGAGGCCUCCAAAAGUUUAUAGAUGACUGCAAGUACUACAAUGAUUCAAAACAAAGUUAUGCUGUCUAUCGGUUCAAUAUUUUGGUAAAUCCUUCUGAUGUUGUUGAAUUAGAUGCUGAACUUGGAAAUCACAUUUUACACCAUCCUUUAAAAGCUGCACAAGUUUUUCAAUCAGUCUGUUUUAUUGCUAUUAAGACUCUCUCGUUAAUUGGACAGUUGCAGACUGAAACUCAAAUUAAUAUAGUGCUGAAAUUAACACAUUUACCUCCUCUGCCAAGUUAUGAUCUUGAUCUUUGUGAGUUUCCACUUGAUUAUACAUCGCAGAGAUUUUAUAUGAUGCAAGGAAUUGUUAUUGCAAUGACAACUGUAACCAAGUAUUCACAAGGCGCAAGAUUUCUUUGUUCAGAUGAAGCAUGCCCUCUUUCAAAAGGAUUUCGGUACAUAAGAGUGCAUGUGCCUGGUGCUACAGAAUCAUCAACAGUAAGAAAUGACUUUUUGUGUAAUCACUGUUCAUCUUCACUUCAAGAAGACAGAAAAUUUAGAGUACUUGGUGAUAAGCAGAUAGUUGAAAUCAUUACCACAAAAGUUCUUCAUGCUUUUCAAGGAUAUAUUAAAAACCAGCCAUUUAGGUUUCAAUCUCUUACAAUUUUCCUAAGAGAUGAAUUAGUAAACAAGAUGAAAAUGGGAAAUGAAUAUAAAAUCGUUGGAAUUCCAGUCUGCGUCAAAACCUCACAAACUUCUGUUUGUAUAGAAGCAAAUAGCAUCACUCUUUGUGAUCCAAAAGUUCCUUCAGGAAUUAGUGACAACUUCAGGUGUCUUCUCUCUUUGACUUCUAGCUCAUGCUGGAAAUUUACAGCAAUACUUGCCAAUAUCUUUGCGUCACAGAUUGUUCCUCCUGGUACUUACAAUUUGCUUAAGCUCUGUUUGUUGAUGAGUUUAGUACAGUCAAGUGACCGUAAUAAGGAGCUUGAAGAUUACUUGGAUAUUUUAAUUAUAACAAGUGAUACUCUACUUGUAGACAGACUUUUGAAUUUUAGUAUAAACCUUGUUCCCCGUGGUAUACGGCAUCCUGUUUCUACUGAAAUUUUUCCUACUUUAUCCAAAAAUAAAUAUGGAACUGGAGCAGUUAGCAUUCAAGCAGGUAGUGCUUUGCUAGCUAAAGGUGGUAUCUGCUUUAUAGGAGACAUAGCCUCAUACAAAAAAGAUAAACUUGAACAACUUCAAUCAGUUCUGGAGAACAGAAGUAUCACAGUGUACAUUCCAGGAAAGAGGCUCGGGGAUGACUCUGAUCAGCAAAAGGCUUUUCCCAUUCAGUGCAGUUUCUGGUCUUUUGUUGAUGUGGAUUCCUCUUCCAGGAGAAAUGCACAGAAACCCAGCGCUCUAAUUGGUCAGUUGGAUUGCAGUUUGAUCCCAGCUCACCUUGUCGAGGCCUUUGGAUUGUUGAUACACUGCGAUGAGUCGUCACCUCACCACCCACUUCUUCCUUCUGUGCAACAUGCUUUAAAGAAAGCCAUGGAUCCUGAAGGGCUACUUUACUCAGCUUCUAAACAAUUCACAACGGAAGAUUUUGAAAAGCUAUUGGCUUUUGCAAAGAAUUUGAAUGUAGAAUUCAGCUCAGAGGCAGAACGAAUGAUUCAUGGAUAUUAUCUAUCAAGUCGCAGAAUCAGAACAGACUCUAUAUAUGGAUCAAAACUGUCAGCAUCUGCAUUAAAAUAUUUAGUUUCCUUAUCUGAAGCCCAUGCUCGACUAAGCUUAAGGAAUAAAGUGCUCAAAGAAGAUGUACUAAUUGCAGCCUUAUUAUUUGAAACAUCUCUCACAUUGAAAUAUGGGGCCACUGUAUUCUGUGUUGCUCCAAAUGCAUUAUUCCCAUUUGAACUGUAUAAUGAAGAGUAUUUAGAGCAAAGGGAUCUCUAUCUCACUCAGUGCCAGCAACAGCUCCAGCAGUUCAUUGCUACAUGGGGACUGGGGACAGCUAUUUUCUCUAGUGAUGAAUAA